CAAUUUAUGCGGAUUGCGGAGAGCGAGAAUGGCAUAGAAUUUGAAGUUCUUUCUAGAAACAUGCUCAAAAUUUUAUUUUUAUAAAGAUAACUACAGGGCAUUUAAUCGUGAAAGUAACUAAUUAUAACUGAAAAUGUCUAACGUAUUCGGUUUAAUAGUGUCCGGGCGACUGGUUCAAACGGACUUUACGCCGGUGUCGGAAACGAGCCUGGUGACUACUAUUCUGGACGUGGACUCGAUCAACCACGCCGUAGUGUUCCUGACGGGCACGACGCCGCUGCCGGCGGGCACUGUGGCCAUCGUGUACUGGAGUUGGCCCGACCCCAACGCGCCGCCCAACUGGCAGCCGCUAGGUCACAUUUCUAAUGCGAAACCGUCGGCUAUAUUUAAAAUACACAAUUUAAAGAAAUUGCAUGAACUAUCCAGUGAAAAUAAAUUUAUGAAUGCAUUUGGGCAGCAGCAAAUCUGCCACAAUGCACAGAUCGGUAUAUCCAUAGAACCAGAGACUAAUGCCCAACAUCUAGAACCUUUACUUACUCAACAAACAAAUACAUAUGUAACAUUUGCACAGAAGAUGUUAGAAAAUUUAGUGAAUUUUGUGGCGUCAUACUCGGUGACCCAGGAGCAGAUGACCCCCACCCCCGGGGUGUCGUACAUCCCCCUCAACACGCUGCACACUUGGUACCAGAACUUCGAGCGGCGGCUGCAGCAGAACCCCAACUUUUGGAAGAACUAGCCCAUGGACUGCAUUUAUUUCUUAAGCAUAAUAAUGCAAUGUGUUUUGUGACAAUAGUGUUAAGUAAAGUCUAUUGCAAGAGUAUGUAAAGAAUAGUUGAAAUCAACAGCUUGUUACCGUACAGAAAGUGAAAAACAGAUAUUAAAAGUAAUUGCAAUGUUAUUUAUUUAUUAAUCUCAAGCUAAGAAACAAUUAACACGGCUGACACAUUUCUUUUAGCUCUGUGUGGCAUGUGCUGGUUAUUGUGCAUGAAGCAUAAAUCAUAAAAAAGUGCCACUGCCACUCGCUUCAUAUUUGAAUUUAGUAUGGUUAUUGGUAAUAUACUAAAUUGACUGUAGAAAGGUAUGGUGUAUUAUUUAAAAAGCUGGCAUACAAGACUGCUUAUGAAUUUAUAUUUUUUUAUAAUAUAAUAAAUUAAUUUCUAACAUA